AUGAGGCAGCAGGUCGAGGGGCUGGUCCUGUCAUUCGUGCUGCAGUGGCUUGUUAGCGUGGCAGCGGCGGGGCGAUCGAGUCUAGUUUGUCCGCUGUUCGCCAUGGGAGAUUCACGACUACUGUUGGGUAGCGGGUGGUGCGUGAGAGCGGCCCUGGUGACGGCGAUGGUGGCGUGUGCUGCUGUGGAGGCCGCUGUUAUCAAGGACGAGCUUGAUCUUCAGAGAAUGUUCUUUGGGCACAGUGCAUCAAUACCUCCCGUGUGCUUCCAAAAGUUAGCCCAAUGCAAGCUGGACUGCCUGAGUUGUGACGCGUGUUACACAGACUAUGUGGCAUGCGGACUGAACGCCUACGCCACAUCUGAGGCGACCACCAAAGAACCUUCCUCUCCAGAGCUGUCCACCCAUGAACCGUCCACUAAUGAAGCAGAGCCUACGGGCACCCCACGGUCCCACACUUCAACUAGUUCCUCUAUACUUGACGAGGAGGACAACGCGUCGCCUGGGCCCCAUCACACCGCAGACGAGAUACGAAUACCUAUCCUGUACGACCUCACCUCCUGGAAAGUGAAAUUGAUAGAAAAGCUUCGCCAGGCACUCAUGACCUCCACUACUACCGACACACCUCUGGAGUUCCUCACCAUGCCAUCGGACUCCGUUGGCUCUGCAGGGCAUGAUAGUGCCUACUCGGGGCACGUGGGAGCCUAUUACCAGUACCACCACCACGCCCAGCACCAUCCUCGUCCACACUUCCCUCUAUCACAUUUUCCUAAUCCCUACCACCUUCCUCCCGACAACGCUAAUCCCUACCAUCCCGCCUACCAUUACCCCGAUCAGCACCACCAAGACCAUCAAGACACCCAUGACAAUGACAGGACCCCUCACACCCACUACAGCGAUGAGUACGAGUCUUGCCUUCAUACAGACCACUCCCACGAAGACACCAGUCACUCCCACGAAGACACCAGUCACUCCCACGAAGACACCAGUCACUCCCACGAAGACACCAGUCACUCCCACGAAGACACCAGUCACUCCCACGAAGACACCAGUCACUCCCACGAAGACACCAGUCACUCCCACGAAGACACCAGUCACUCCCACGAAGACACCAGUCACUCCCACGAAGACACCAGUCACUCCCACGAAGACACCAGUCACUCCCACGAAGACACCAGUCACUCCCACGAAGACACCAGUCACUCCCACGAAGACACCAGUCACUCCCACGAAGACACCAGUCACUCCCACGAAGACACCAGUCACUCCCACGAAGACACCAGUCACUCCCACGAAGACACCAGUCACUCCCACGAAGACACCAGUCACUCCCACGAAGACACCAGUCACUCCCACGAAGACACCAGUCACUCCCACGAAGACACCAGUCACUCCCACGAAGACACCAGUCACUCCCACGAAGACACCAGUCACUCCCACGAAGACACCAGUCACUCCCACGAAGACACCAGUCACUCCCACGAAGACACCAGUCACUCCCACGAAGACACCAGUCACUCCCACGAAGACACCAGUCACUCCCACGAAGACACCACACGUCAUCCUCAUCACUACCACGACGGCAUGACCACAGAUCGACACCGUGACAGUACCACCACGCCUCACUCGGACAACGACAGUAGCAACGACGACGAUAAAAGCACCGCACAUCACCCCAGCCAAGACACGGACGAAUAUUACACCACUACACGUCACCCAGACCACGACGGUGAUGCAGCCACUCCACACCACCAACCCGACGGUGAAACUACGCUAUGA